AACGAGCCAAGUAGCGACACCCACUUUGUAACCGAGAUCGGUUAUCGAUAGCGCGUUGAGAAUUAUCUUGCUAUUAACUACCCAUUUCAUUCAUCAAUCACUUAUUCCCCGCUGCCCCUGCUUGUUUGAUACCCACGGAUCUUGGUUCCCAUUGUUACUCAAACAUCGUCAAACUUUGAUCGAUUUCCGUUCGUUAGCUCCACAACACUGUCGAGAACUCAAUCAAGAUCAUCGACAUCAUGUGUUUGAUCUUCACGUGCGGCGAGCACACCUUUCGCAAGGAAGUGGAGGGAUAUGAAGGACUCGUGUGCCGGUGCUACAACUGCGGUAACUAUUCGGGCAGUGUUAUAAAGAGCCAUCCAUGGUUCACUUUCUGCUUCAUUCCCGUCAUUCCUCUCUCGAUCAAGGGGUACGAAGACAUCUCGUGCCGCAUUUGCAACUUCCAACAACCACUCGAACAUAGACAGGACGUUCAAGCAAUGCGCCGGGGUGCAGACGGUAACCCAGGAGUGCCGUUACAACACCAACCACCUGGCGCACCUGCUCAAGGACUGCCUCAAGGUUGGGGCCAGAAGGCACCUGAACCGAACCAGCCAAUGCAAUAUCGCUAAGAGUACGAUUCGAGACUGAGGAAAUGGCACGGCGCGAGGACAGCGAGGUUGACUUACGAUCAUAAUAUGACAUUUUGAAGUCAAGAAGAUGGAGUUAUGACCUGGAUGGUGGCUUUAUGUGGACAGGCCCAGAGGAAGCUACAUACAUGGCAGGCGUCGGUUGGAGCCUGAGUUUGAUAUCCCCAUUUGCAAUUUACGCUUUUUCUUUUCUUUUUUAUUAUUAUAAUGAUUAUUCUAAACACAUAUUGCCAGAGAGCAUGAUCGAUGAAGGAGGCGUACGGCGGUCCUCUUGCAUGU